AUGCCUGGUCUUGUCUCGGCCACCGGCGUUCUGGCUUUCCUGGCCGAUGAGGAGCCAGAGCUGAAGAUUUUCGCUCUGCAAACCCUCAAUGAUGACAUUGAUACUGUUUGGACCGAAGUUGCUGGCUCUCUGAUUCAAAUUGAGGCCUUGUACGAAGAUGAUUCCUUCCCUGAACGUCAGCUCGCCGCCCUUGUCCUUGCCAAAGUGUACUAUCAUCUCCAAGCGUACAAUGACAGCAUGGUUUUUGCACUUGCUGCGGGAGACCUCUUCAAGUUGGACGCGCCGGGCGAGUUCGAAGAGACCAUUAUCUCCAAGUGUGUAGAUCAGUAUAUCGCUACCAACGCUGCAAAGAACUCCAAGCCACGAGCCGCCAAAAAUACCGAUCUUCCCGAGCUUACGACAACUUUUUCGAGCGCGUCCGACUCCGCUGUCUUGUCUCCCACCACCCCUUUCUCGCAUACGACGCUGCCUCCAAAGUCUCUGCUGUCGCGCGCCUCCCUUGACAACACUAUACUCGACGCCACUUUCCAGCCAGUUUUCAAACCCGGUCGAUCGGGCUCGAUUACUGAGCUUCCUGACAAGGCCACUGAGGCUUCGUUGCAGCGCAUCAUCGAGCGUCUAUUCGCAAGCUGCCUGAAGCAAGGUCGCUACAGACAAGUCGUUGGUAUUGCUGUAGAAGCCAAAAAUCUCCAUGUUCUUCGGCGCGUCAUCAAGCAGGCCAGCGAAGAUGAGAAGAAUGCCAAAUCGAAAAUUCAAGACGGUGUUCCUGGACCCGCUGAAGAACUGAUGGAUUAUAUCCUGGGCAUUUGCAUGGACGUUGUGCAAGAACGAAGCUUCCGCACCGAUAUUCUGCGCUUGAUUCUCGACCUUUUGAACGAAAUUCCCAACCCUGAUUACUUCGCCAUCGCAAGGUGCGUCGUCUAUUUGAACUCCGAUGAGGAAGCAUCGCACAUGCUUCGCACUCUCGUUUCCAACGGAGACCGCACAUCUAUAGCCAAUGCGUACCAGAUAGCCUUUGACCUGUAUGACAACGGAACGCAAGAGUUCUUGGGGAAAAUUCUUGCUUCUCUGCCCGCUCCCAAGGAGCCUGAACAGGAAGUCGAGACCUCGGAGCAGCAGGACGAAAACAAACCUCUCCUCGAAAAUCAGGAAGCGUCUUCUGGAGACGACCUCUCCGAUGACACCAAGGUUUACCGAAACAUCCGCUCCAUCCUGGACGGAUCCAAAACCAUUCGGCUUAACCUCGAGUUCCUCUACCGCAACAACCAUACAGACUUGAGCAUCUUGAACAAGGUUCGCGACAGUCUCGAGGGACGCAACUCGAUCUUCCAUAUUGCCGUCACUUUCUGCAACGCUUUUAUGAACCAAGGCACCACUAGCGACAAAUUCUUCCGCGACAACUUGGAAUGGCUAGGCAAGGCUGUCAACUGGUCCAAGUUUACCGCAACUGCAGCGUUGGGAGUCAUUCAUCGAGGCAACCUGUCGCAAUCCAGGAAACUCCUGGAGCCCUACCUUCCCCGCCAAGGAGGCCUCAGCAGCGGCUCCAUCUUCAGCCAAGGUGGCGCUUUGUAUGCGUACGGACUGAUCCAUGCCAACCACGGAGCAGACGCCUUGGACUAUCUGAAGACUCAGUUUAGCCAAGCGGAGGAAGAGGUGGUGCAGCAUGGUGGAGCGCUUGGCCUGGGAAUUGCCGGCAUGGCCACAGGCGACACUGACAUCUUCGAGAAGCUCAAGGAAAUCCUUUUCCAAGAUUCUGCGCUCAAUGGCGAGGCGGUUGGCCUCGCAAUGGGUCUCAUCAUGUUGGGAACUGGAAACGUGAAGGCUCUAGAGGACAUGAUCACCUACGCCCAUGAAACAACGCAUGAGAAGAUUGUCCGUGGACUUGCCUUGGGCAUGGCAUUGAUUAUGUUUGGCCGGCAGGAAGGCGCAGACGUCCUCAUCGAAGGGCUGCUCCACGAUCCUGAUCCCGCUCUGAGAUACGGCGGCAUCAUGACCGUGGCUAUGGCGUAUUGUGGAACUGGGAGCAACAAGGCCAUUCGGAAGCUCCUGCACACCGCCGUGAGUGAUGUCAGCGACGAUGUUCGUCGAAUCGCCGUCAUGAGCUUGGGUUUCAUUUUGUUCCGCAAGCCAGGCAGUGUGCCGCGAAUGGUUGAAUUGCUCUCCGAAUCGUACAACCCUCACGUUCGCUAUGGAUCAGCCAUGGCACUCGGAAUUUCUUGUGCUGGCACUGGGCUCGACGAGGCCAUUGACCUUCUCGAGCCUAUGAUGAAGGAUCCUACUGACUUUGUCAGACAAGGAGCCCUCAUUGCCCUUUCCAUGAUUAUGAUUCAGCAGAAUGACGUGAUGAACCCCAAAGUACCGUCGAUUCGCAAGACGCUAAAGAAGGUUGUCGGUGAUCGCCACGAAGAUGCCAUGACGAAGUUUGGCGCUGCCCUAGCCCUUGGAAUUAUUGACGCUGGUGGUCGCAACUGUACCAUUGGUCUGCAGACGCAAACCGGAAACUUGAACAUGGCUGGAAUUGUUGGCAUGGCCGUCUUCACGCAGUAUUGGUACUGGUUCCCUUUUACGCAUUUCUUGUCCUUGAGCUUUUCCCCAACGGCCAUCAUUGGCCUCGACCAUGACCUUGAGAUGCCCGACAUCAAGUUCCACUGUGCCACGCGUCAAAGCUUGUUCGACUAUCCACCUGAGCAGGAAGUCAAGGUCGAAGAGGGCCCAGCCCUCAUUGCCACGGCUAUCCUAUCGACCACUGCCCAAGCUAAGCGUCGAGCGCAGAAGAAGGAGCGUGCUCAACGCCGAGAAAGCAUGGACCUUGACCCUGCGCCUUCCAAAUCCGGUGACAAGAUGGAGGUGGACGACGAGAAGAAGACGGACGACCAGGAUCAAAAGGAGAAGAAGGAAGGCGAUGACAAAGAAAGCAGCCCAUCCGAUGCGAAGAAGAAGCCUGAAAAGGAGAAGACGGGCUAUGAGAUUGAAAACAUGGCGAGGGUUCUUCCGAGCCAGCUGAAGUAUGUUAGCUUCGCCGGCGGCCGCUACAAGCCUGUCAAAAAGCCUACCGGCGGCCCUCUCUUACUUGACGAUACCCAGCCCAACGAAGCAAAGGUGCUUAUCGAAGAGAAGUUGAAGAAGGCUACCACGGAACGAGCUCCCGUCGCUGGCCCAGGCAGAGGCAGCGCCGGCGGAAGGUCUGGUGGAGGAUCUCUUCUGGAGGGACUUGCCGACCCAACGCGAGGCUCCACUGGAAACCAGAUGAUGGCUCAAUUGCUACGUAGCCAAGCACGAUCACCCUAUGGUCCAGCUGACCCGCAGACUCCGGGAAAUGCCAGAACUCUUGAAGGGGGACUGGGAGCGGCAGCUGCGGCGGGAGUGCUGACAGCGGUUGAUGAGGACGGCGAGGGGGAUGAGGAAGCGCAGACCCCUGGAGAAUUCGAGUACAUGUCGGAUGGCGAGACAAACGACGAGUAG